ACGGGCGGGCAUCAAGAACUAUUGCUCGAGGAGUAUAAAACUAAACCUAAUCUGCAUGGUGGAUAUAAAUUUACGGAAGAACCCCCAUUUUCUCCACUACAUCCCACAUCGCUGUUGUAGGAUGGUUGCCAAGAUUUUUGCCUUCCUUUCAGUACUUGCAGUCUAUGCAAUGGCUGCGCCGUUCCCCGUUGGAGGAGAAACUUAUGCCGCUGUUGCAGCUUCGGAAACAGACUUUGGGUCUUGCUGGCUUGGCAAGAGGCAUGUGAUGGAUCGCUUUAGGCUGAAGGAAUUGUGGCGAAAUCACAAUAGAUAAUAGGCUAUUUAUACAAGAA